AUGCAUGCUGAACAGGACUACACCUCUUUCUCAGCAUGUACCGAGCUUCCAAAACGUGGCUUCACUGUAUUUUGUGCCAAUAAUGAUGCAAGUAAGAGCGGAUAUAUGUCAGACCUCAACUUCGAAGACAUGAUGACGGAAGUGAAUCAGGGCAUGGCAUAUCUUCGCAACCUGACCGAUAUUGACAAAAUUGUCAUUCUGGGCCACAGUGGCGGCGGUGCGAUGAUGUCUCAAUACCAGAAUAUCGCUGAAAAUGGUGUUGUAGCAUGCCGUGGAUCGGAGAAGAUUUAUCAAUGCUCCGAUGCAAUGGCCGACUUGGAGCCUGCAGACGGCCUUAUGUUACUUGACGCCAACUAUGGACUCUCUACCAUGGCAUUUUUGAGCCUCAAUCCAGCUGUCAUCAGCGAAACUUCUGGUUUGAAGAUCAAUCAGUCUUUAAGUCUCUUCAACACCGCCAACGGAUUUGUCAACAAUACACGGUCUCACUACACGGCUGCAUUCAGAAAAUUAUUCCAGAGCAACAUCGUUGCCCGAAACAAUCGCAUUAUCAAAUAUGCGCAGGAGCGACUUGAGGAAAUUGAAGCUGGCAAUGGGGCAUUUGGCGAUGAUGAGCCUCUGACUAUUCCUGCAUCCCUUUACAUUGGUUUCAAUAAUCAAUUCUUCGCUCAGGAUACCCGAUAUCUCGCACAUACCUCUCAUGCCUGGCCACUCCUACACAAAAAUGGGACAACCACUCAGAUCGUCCCGUCUGUACGAGUGCCAAGCAAUUUUGUGGACUACUCAGAUAACUAUCAAAGCGGUGCCCUUAAGACGACCGUUAAGCGGUAUCUAUCGACAUUCGCUAUCCGCGUAGGUGAGGGCUUUUCAUACCAGGCUGAUGGACUAGACGGAAUUGACUACAGCUCGAGUCAAAUGAUCCCGGUCGCCGCAAUCAAGGGAGUCAGGGUUCCUCUUCUGACAAUGGGGAUGACGGGCCACUGGGAGUACUUGAACGCGGAGAAAAUCCAUCUUAACGCCGUUAGCAAUGAUACCUCUAUUGCGUUUGUCGAAGGUGCGCAGCACACUAUUGAUACUUGCACUGCUUGUGAAUCCUAUCCUGGAGAGUUUGGAAACACUCUCGUCACUGCUUAUAAUUAUGUUGAAAGCUGGUUGGCUAAAGAAGGGCGAUUUCUCUGA